AGAGAGAGAGAGAGAAACAAAGAUUAAAUCGGAUUCACAUUGAUCUUAUCAAUAGUUCAAGCAUUGCGACAAUUUGGGGGCCAACGCCACAAACUUAACAAACACAAAAUAAAAAGCAAACAAAGCGUUUCACUCUAGUCGUGCGUUCCAGAUAAUGUGACAAUUGGCGCUGCGACGAAGCUUUAAACGGACUUGGUUGCUCAGCAGUGGCUGAUUAUAUAAUAUACACAUCAUGCGUUUACGUCUCCUGACCACGGCCAGCAAACAGCUGCGUCUGGGAAAUCGGCAACGUCAUCGUCUGCUGGCGACAAGCGCAUCUGGACAGCAUCAGCAGGAGCACCAGGAGUACCAGCCAGGAGGCAGUCGAGCGCUUUAUGCUGCUGCUGCAGUGGGCGGUAUUGGUGCCGGCUAUUGGCUGUUCCAUGAGCUGGACAAGAAGCGCCGCCAGCCAGUGGAAUUGGCGCAACCUCAAAAGGCCACAUCAUCUCCAGUCGCAUUGGACGCGGAAGAGGCGGCACGACUCUGGCACAAGACGAAACGAACGGAUCUGCCCACGUACAGUGUGGAGGAUGUGCUGAAGCAUGAUAAGCCAGAGACUGGCAUUUGGGUCACCUAUGGAAUAGGCGUUUACGAUGUCACCGAAUUCGCGCCCAAUCAUCCCGGUGGCGAUAAAAUAAUGAUGGCCGCUGGCAACGCCAUCGAUCCCUUCUGGGCCAUCUACCAGCAGCACAAUACAUUGGAUGUGCUCGAGCUGUUGGAGAGCUUUCGCAUUGGCAAUCUGAACAAACUGGAAGCCAUAGAAAACGAUGAGCUGGGCUCACCCUGGGCACAGGAGCCGAAACGCCACGAGUUGCUCAAGCCGGCCAGCAAGCGGCCGUUCAAUGCGGAGCCGCCAAUCAGCAUGCUGGGCGAGCACUUCUACACGCCCAACGAGCUGUUCUAUGUGCGGAAUCAUUUGCCCGUGCCAUGCAUCAGUGCCGAGGAUUAUGAGCUCGAGCUGGAGGUGGAAGCGGGCGCUGGCAAGUCGAGCAAAUGCACUUUCAAUCUGGACGAUAUUAAGAAGCUGCCCAAGCACACGGUCACGGCGGCCAUCAUGUGCGGCGGCAAUCGUCGCUCCGAAAUGACGCGCAUCAAGCCCGUCAAAGGCCUGUCCUGGGGUGCUGGAGCCGUGGGCAAUGCCAAAUGGUCGGGCGCCCGCCUCUGCGAUGUGCUGCGUGCUCAGGGCGUGGAGCCCGAUGAGCACUUGCAGGUCAUAUUCGAGGGCGCUGACCUGGAUCCGACGGCGCAUCCGUACGGGGCUUCGAUACCACUGUCCAAGGCACUAGAUCCGCGUGGCGAUGUGGUGCUGGCCUACGAAAUGAACGGACAGCCGCUGACGCGAGACCAUGGCUAUCCCAUUAGGGUCAUCGUGCCCGGCACUGUGGGUGCGCGCAAUGUCAAGUGGUUGACCCGCAUCGUUGUGGCCGAUCACGAGUCCGAUUCCCACUGGCAGCAGAACGACUACAAGGGCUUCAGCCCCAGCACCGAUUGGGACACCGUGGACUUUGGCAAGGCACAGGCCAUACAAGCGAUGCCAGUAACCUCGGCCAUCUGCUCGCCCAUGCCCGAGGAACGGGUCAAGGUGGACAAGGGUCACAUCACCGUCUAUGGCUAUGCCUGGAGCGGCGGCGGUCGACGCAUUGAGCGCGUGGACUUGACAAACGACGGCGGCAAAACAUGGCAUGUCGCCAAACUGGAGCAGGAGAAAGAGCCCGAUGGACGCCACUACGGCUGGUCGCUGUGGUCCAUUCGUUUGCCCGUAACCGAUGAGCAGCAGAAGCAAUCGGAACUUGAGAUUUGGGCCAAGGCCGUGGACUCCGCCUACAAUGUGCAGCCGGAGAGCUUCGAGAACAUAUGGAAUCUACGUGGCGUGCUCGCCAAUGCCUACCACAAGGUGAAAGUGAAGCUAAUCUAGGACUGUCGGAAAUUGAAUUGCUUUUCCCUUUUUUUUUUUUUUGU